UCUAAAACGUUCAGUUCUUCGCGCGCCAACUUAGCGAAACUGUCUGUCAAUUGACAGUCGGGAAAAAGACGCAUUUUCCGAAGUUUUUCCGAUGAUUUUCCGAGUUUUCUUUGCGAUGAACUGCGGAAAUGAACGCGGGAUGGUUGGAAACUGAAUAAAAGUGUGGAGUUUUUGGUUGACAACAAUUGUUAUAUUCGUCUAGAAGACUGACUAAAGUUUUUUGAAUUGAUGCCAGGGUACAAGUCAAGAUGAACCUGUCCACGUACAAUGAAAACCUUUCUGUAAAUUAUUCACAGAAUACCAGCCUAUCACCGUUUAGUCCAAAUUAUACGUUAGAAGACAGGAUCCAAUUUAUUUUGCCAGUAUGGCGACAGAUUUUAUGGAGCAUUCUGUACGCUGGAAUGGUCAUCGUGGCUACGGGGGGCAACCUAAUAGUAAUAUGGAUAGUCCUAGCCCACAAAAGAAUGAGAACGGUGACAAACUAUUUUUUACUAAAUCUGUCAGUAGCUGACACCAUGGUCUCUACACUGAACGUCACAUUCAACUACGUGUACAUGCUGUAUUCCUAUUGGCCGUUUGGGGAGCUCUACUGCAAAAUCAGCCAAUUCAUUGCGGUGUUGUCGGUUUGUGCCAGUGUGUUUUCCUUGAUGUCUAUAUCUAUUGAUAGAUAUAUGGCUAUCAUGACACCUCUGAAACCACGAAUGGGUAGAAUGGUAACACUGAUCCUAGCUUUGCUGACGUGGAUCUUGGGAAUCAUCAUAGGUAUGCCGUCCUUGCUGUUUUACAAGACUUACCGAACGACUUACUCCAAUGGAGAAGACCGGAUAGUAUGUUAUCCAGAAUGGCCAGAUGGAUACAGCAGUGAGAGCGUCUACGAAUACUAUUUUAAUGUGGCCUUUCUGGUGGUGACUUAUUUGGUUCCUAUUCUAUCCAUGACCUACACAUAUGCCAGAAUAGGAAUCGAGCUGUGGGGUUCACAGAGCAUAGGAGAAUGCACUCAGAGGCAGAUGGAUAAUAUAAAGAGCAAAAGAAGGGUAGUAAAGAUGAUGAUGGUUGUUGUCAUCAUUUUCGCUGUGUGCUGGUUGCCAUAUCAACUCUAUUUCAUAGUAAUUUCGUAUUUUCCUGACAUCACACAGUCGGAGUAUAUCCAGGAAACCUUCCUGGCUAUUUAUUGGCUGGCAAUGAGUAAUUCCAUGUACAAUCCAAUCAUUUACUGUUGGAUGAAUGCUAGAUUUAGAAGAGGUUUCAAACAGUUUUUCUCAUGUCUGCCAUUUGUUCACGUGAGCCCUGGUGCUCUAACCAGAAGAGAAGUGCUUACAAGUAAAAGGAGAUCAUACUCUGGCAGUCCGGAUCAUAACAGGAUAGUCAGAAACGGAACAGUAAGGAUGUCUUUCACCCCGUACACCGCCAUGGGCACCAGACCCUCCCCCUCCUCCUCUACAAACACCUGUUACAGUCACGUUCCUGAUGACGCAACCGGAAGACGCUGCGAACUGAGGCAAUUCUCCUGACGCAGAGCCAACUCUGGGACCAAACAGCAACCGGAAAUGGCACCCGCGGGCAACGGCAACAACGCCAACUCCACUGCGGGGGGUUCCCAGAGACGCACCUGGAUCUAGGGAGGGGGAUCCUCACGGAAACUCUCCCUGAGACCCCGUGAGGAUGAUAUUGUCGAAGAAGAAAGCAAAUUGUAGACGGAAAAACACGUUUUUUUGCUUUAAUUCGCGUUUGUUUUGGUUCUGGAUCGUAUAAACUAACUUGGAUAUAUCAGUUUUAUAGUAAUUGUACGUUGAAGCGUGUUAAGAGAUCACAAGAACAUUAAAAAUUGAGCGCGUAGUUUAUAUCGCAGAAGAAAGCAAAUUGUAGAUGAAAAAACACGUUUCUAAGCUCUAAUUCCUGCUUGUUUUGAUUCUGGAUCAUAUAAACUAACUUGGAUACGCCUGUUUUAUAGUAAUUUUGCUCUAAUUCUACGUUAAAAUAUCUUAAAAAGUCUUAACAAGCAUUUAAUUUGAUUUAAAAUUACGCGCGUAAUUUUUAACGCGAAAUAAGUUGGCAGUACUUGACAUCUCAGGGUCGACGAAUUUUGUUUUUGAAAAAUGGCGAGUUUAAACAUAGUUUGAAAAAGUUUAUAAGUUUUUUCUUUGUAAUCGUUAUAAACUUUAAGUUUAUUGUAUUAAAAGUGUAUCAAGAUAUUAGUACAUGUUUACUAUGGACACAGAAUAUGAUUUUUCAUGCGGAAACUGGAAAUAUUUCAUAAAAUUAUGGAUGAAUAAGAAUCUCAAUAUGCCCCCCAGGAAGGUACACAUUUUAAUAAGCGUUAGUUAAUUGUUUAAUUAUAGGUAUUUCAUGAUGUUUGUAGCUCUUUUACGUUUCUAGAGGUCAUAUAAGAAGAAUUAUCUAAGAAAGUAUGGAAGUUUACAUUAAAAUUUUAAUUAAAAGAUUUUUAAAUGAAUCCCAAUAUAAUACGUAAACAUGGUUUCCUAAAUCAGAGAUUCUGUGCUAUUAAACAAAUGAAGUCGUUAAAAAUGUCGAAGCUUGAAAGCCUUUUGAACAUGAUUUUUAGAAAAUUGUUCUAGAGAUAUAAAUAUACCUAAAUAAUGGAAUGAGUAAGUAAAAUUUCAAAUAUUGAGCUAUAACUUAUUUAUUAAUGAUAUAAUAGGCUUUUUAUACUACAAAAUAUGUGUUAAUUUUAGCUUGAACAAGUUUCCAAUGCACUAUGGUUUAGUCUGUUGAAAAUUCUGUAAUUUCAAAAUGGAGUCCUUCAAGAUCUCUUGCUCAGUAAUGUGAAAAUUCUAUCAGAAAAAAUAAAUACAUUAUGAAAUGAAGGUACCUGAAAUUCUUUUUUAGUUAAUUGCUUUAUUUUUUUUAUUUGCAAAGAUAUUGGGCCUAUAUUUAUGACAAAAUAUUCGAAUACAAUUUUUUUGAGAAACCAUAUUUAUCUCUAAGACAUUCUUUUUGGUUAAAAUUGGUAAAAAUAUGAAGAAACAUUUUUCAUUUUCUUUUAAAAUAGUGCUCUGGUGAUAAUGUGGUUUAGUUUGGUUUGUUAGUUAUCUUAAAACUGUGAAAAUUGAUAAGUAAAGUGAGUGUAAAAAUUUUUUGACAAGCUAAGAUCAAAGAAAAAAUACUUUAAACAUGAAGAUGAAUAAAAUAAAUAUUUCUGUGAUAUGUGGUAGUUAAUAGAUGUAUCCACAUCAGUUUAUACGAUUCAGAUUUCAAGAUAAAAGCCAUACGAAGCUUGUAAAUACAGAAUCCAUACAGGUCGAAAACUAAAUGUGUCCCUUUUAUGUUUAGAUGUAAAAAACUCUCUGUUUUUCUAGACGUAUGUGUGACCAGGGAAAAAUAAAACGCUUUCGACAUAUUGUAUCUUUAAAAAUAUACCGAGUUUUGGAAACAUAAAUACAUUGGCUAGCGAAGAAAAUAUAUUACUGUGUCCUAUUUCUCUAGCAGUAGAACCCAAAUACGAUGCUUCUAAUUGUACAAAAAUCUUCUACAAAAAUUAAAUGAAUCUCAUAUCAUAGUAUACUUGUAUAUCUCAAUGAUCAGACCAAUCAUAUGUGUGAUAAAAAUUUUCAUUCAAAUUAAUGCACAAGUUUUAAACAAAAAGAUACCUACUUAUAUAGCUUUAAAAAGAAAAUUUAAUGAAAAAAAACACACACACAGUAUAAAGCUACAUAGCGAAGAAAUUAUAUUGUAUAUACUGUAUAAAAUAUACUAUUAUUGUGUAUAUAUGUAUUUAUUAUUUAUAUUAGUGUACAGUAUGGUGCUCUCUAUAUACAUCAAAAAACGAAAAAUUCAUGGAAAAUGAUUAAAAUUUAGUGCUGAAAAUGAGUGGAAAAAAAAGAUGAAAUUUUAUCUUUAAGGCACAUCAAAGACUUAAAAUAAAUGUAUUACAGUGUAGAAGUAUAAGAAAACAAAAAUAAAUGUUUAUAAUAAUU